UAAGAAGCAGAUUAGGGAGAGGUUCUUCCCACUUGGAAAGAGGCUUCCUAGAUAGAGCAUCUGCAACAGGAGCUCCCAACUCAGCGUCUGCUCAAGCGAGUCUACCAGCACGCACAGCACAAGGUAAUCUCCAGCCCAGCAGCGCAGGAGCUCCAGCAAACAGCGUUUUACCUUGUCCAGAUCCCUUCAUGUUUCCCUGAGCCUGACAGGUGACAAUGAUGAGGCUGUCUGUGGCAGCUGCUGCUGUCCUCGCUGCUCUGUUAUUUACCUCAGUUGAGGCCCAAGUUGCUCCACCUUCAGAUUUGAAAUUUAAAAUUAUAAAUGAAAACACAGUACAAAUGACAUGGAAGCGGUCAUUCAGUAGAAUUCAAGGAUACAAAGUGACAGUGGUACCUACUACAGAUGGUCCUGCUAAAGAUAUAAAUCUCCCAGCUACUGCCUCAAAGACAUUAAUUACAGAUUUAAUUCCUGAUGUAGAGUAUGUAGUAACGAUAAAUUCAUAUGAUGAAAAGGAAGAAAGUAUACCAAUCUUUGGCCAACUUACAAUUCAGUCAAGCGCUACAUCACCACGGGGACCACGAGUGAGGAAGCCCGAGACGCAGGUUGUUGUUAAAUGCUCCCUAAAUGCGCUGGCAGAUUUAGUUUUUCUUGUCGAUGGCUCGUGGAGUGUUGGGAGAGAGAACUUCAAAUACAUAAGAAACAUAAUUGCUGCGAUCACAUCUGCUUUUGACAUUGGGGAGGAUAAAACCAGAGUUGGCAUUGUGCAGUACAGUACGGAUACCAGGACUGAAUUCAAUUUAAACAGAUAUUUUAAAAGAGGUGAACUGCUCAAAGCAAUCAACACCUUGCCUUAUAAAGGAGGAAACACAAUGACAGGUGACGCCAUUGAUUACUUAAUUAAAAACACAUUUACUGAGGCAUCUGGAGCCAGGAAAGGAUUUCCCAAAGUGGCAGUGAUCAUCACCGAUGGGAAAUCACAGGACCCUGUGGAGGAUUAUGCAAGGAAGCUUCGGAAUAUUGGCGUAGAGAUUUUCGUUUUAGGGAUCAAAGGAGCAGAUGUAGAUGAAAUGAGACAAGUGGCCUCCAGCCCCUUUCACAAGCACGUGUUUAACGUAGCUAACUUCAACCUGAUUAAAGACGUACAGCAUGAACUAAUUUCCCAAGUAUGUGCUGGCGUUGAUGAGCAGCUCAAUGAACUUGUGAGUGGUGAAGAAGACGUAGAACCAGCAUCAAACCUACAAGUUACCGAAAUCUCAUCCAAAUCCAUGAGAAUCACAUGGGAAGCAUCUUCGGGGCAGAUAACAGGCUACAAGCUGCAGCUCAUUCCAAUGUUAGCUGGCAGCAAACAGCAGGAGCUGUAUGUGGGUCCCAAUGUCACAUUCAUUAACGCCAGGGAUCUGUCUCCGGAAACUGAAUACCAGAUCAACUUGUUUGCUUUGAAAGGCCUGACACCAAGUGAACCUGUAAUGGUGAUGGAGACAACCCAGCCUGUCAAAGUGUCCUUGGAGUGCUCACUUGGAGUCGAUGUACAAGCUGAUGUUGUCCUUUUGGUUGAUGGCUCCUACAGUAUUGGGCUAUCUAAUUUUGCCAAAGUGAGAGCCUUCCUGGAAGUUUUGGUGAAAUCGUUUCACAUUGGACCCAGGAAGAUUCAGAUAAGCCUUGUCCAGUACAGCAGAGAUCCUUACACCGAGUUUGCUCUGAACACGCACAACAAUCUUGAUUCUGUGCUGAAGGCUGUACACAAUUUCCCCUACAGAGGAGGCUCUACAAACACAGGGAAAGCAAUGACCUACGUGAGAGAAAAAAUAUUUGUCCCCAGCAAAGGAGCUCGGCUAAAUGUUCCGAGAGUCAUGAUUCUCAUCACAGACGGUAAAUCGUCAGAUGCUUUCAAAGAUCCUGCUACUCAGCUACGGACCUCAGGUGUGGAAAUCUUUGCUGUUGGUGUGAAAGACGCUGUCCGCAGUGAACUGGAAUCCAUAGCCAACUCCCCUGCUGAGACCCAUGUUUAUACCGUAGAAGACUUUGACGCUUUCCAAAGGAUAUCAACUGAGCUAACCCAGCAAAUAUGCUUGAGAAUUGAGCAAGAACUCCGUGCUAUUAAAAUGAGAUCUUUGGUUUCUCCAAGGGAUCUUGAAUUUUCUGAAGUGACAUCUAGAAGUUUCCGAACCAGCUGGUCUACAGACUCUGCAGAUGUACAGUCCUUCCUUGUUAAAUAUGGAGCAGCCUUGGGUGGAGAUGAAAUCACCAUCUCAGUCCCAGCAGAAACUACCUCAAUCGUCCUGACAAAUCUAAUUCCUCUCACAAAGUACAACGUCAGCGUGCUUUCACAGUAUGAUAAAGGAGACAGCUUUCCAUUGAGGGGAUCCGAGACAACUCUCGAAGAACAAGGAACCCCUCGCAGUUUGAGGGUAUCAGAAGAAACAAUGGACAGUUUUCGGGUCACAUGGGGGGCAGCCCCUGGGAAUGUCAUGCAAUACCGACUUUCCUACUAUCCCAUUGGAGGAGGAGACACUAAGGAAACCAGCAUCCCGGGAAGUGAGACCACAAUUGUGCUACCGGAACUUUUACCAUCCACCACUUACAGAGUCUCUGUUGCUGCAGAAUAUCUGUCUGGGGUUGGAGGGGAAAUGCAAAUUGACGGAACUACGAAAGAAGCUACAGGAUCCCCCAGGGACUUGCAGGUUUCUGACUUCACUGUCUCCAGUAUGAGGCUGUCCUGGGUUGCAGCUCCAGGUCGGGUGCUGCAGUAUCUCAUCACAUUCAGACCUUCGACAGGGGGAGAGGGCAAGGAGCUCUCAGCCAAGGGGAACACAACCACUGCACUGCUGAAGAACCUGCUGCCCAGCACUGAGUAUGACCUGUCUGUGAGCGCCCGGUACUCCUCUGGAGUAGGAGAGCCACUUGUUGGGAAAGGCACAACACUGGAAGAACGUGGCUCCCCCCGUGACCUGGUCACUAAAGAUAUUACAGACACAACCAUCGGAGUAUCCUGGACCUCCGCCCCUGGGAUGGUGCGUUCCUACAGGAUAGCAUGGAAGUCUCUGUUCGAUGACGAGUCUGGAGAGAAAAGCAUUCCUGGAGACGUGACAGAGACCGUCCUGGAGAACCUAACGCAAGAAACCAAAUACCAGAUCUCAGUCUUUGGAGGCUACAGCAGUGGUGAAGGAGACCCACUCGUGGGAGAGGCCACAACAGAAGUUUCUGCAGAUGCAAAGACGUUGAUUGUAAAUGAGGAAACAGAAAAUACUUUAAAAGUGACUUGGCAGGCAGCUCCAGGCAGCGUGGUUAACUACCGUGUCACUUACCGGCCCACUGCUGGUGGCCGACUGAUUGCUACCAAGGUGCCAGGAACCUUGACAUCCACAGUGCUCAGGAGACUGCAGCCCAGGACCUCCUAUGACAUCAUAGUGCAGCCCAUUUACAAGCGAGGAGAAGGGAAAACAAGGCAAGGAGUCGGAACGACACUCUCUCCAUACAAAGCACCCAGAAACCUUCAGACUUCUGAACCAACUAAGACUAGUUUUCGGGUAUCCUGGGAUCCUGCACCAGGGGAUGUGCGAGGGUAUAAAGUCACCUUUCACCCUCGGGGAGACAAAGUGCUUCUGGGGGAGGUGCUUGUUGGGCCCUAUGACAACACAGUUGUACUUGAAGAACUCAGAGCUGGAACUAAGUAUUCAGUGAGUGUCGCUGGGAUGUUUGAUGGUGGAGAGAGUAUGCCUCUAGCUGGUGAAGAAAAGACAACUCUUUCUGAUGACCCUGCUACUCCUCCUCUGCACACUCCAGCAGAAGUGCAGUGUAAGACUACAGCACAAGCAGAUAUUGUGGUGCUUGUGGAUGGGUCCUGGAGCAUUGGGCGUCUGAACUUCAAAACCAUCAGGGCAUUCCUUGCGCGCAUGGUAGGAGUCUUUGAUAUUGGCCCUGAGAGAGUGCAAGUUGGUCUGGCCCAGUACAGUGGAGAUCCAAGGACAGAGUGGCAUCUUAACGCACAUAAAACCAGAAAGUCUUUGCUGCAAGCAGUGGCUAACUUGCCUUAUAAAGGAGGCAACACUUUAACUGGGUUGGCUCUGAAUUUCAUUCUCCAGAACAACUUUAAGCCUGAGUUUGGUCUUCGUCCUAACGCACGCAAAAUAGGUGUCCUAGUCACUGAUGGCAAAUCACAAGAUGACAUCAUCAAAAGCUCCAAGAGCUUACGGGACCAGGAUAUUGAACUGUAUGCUGUCGGUGUUAAGAAUGCUGAUGAGAAUGAGUUGAGGUUGAUUGCUUCAGACCCAGAUGAGAUUCACAUGUACAACGUGGCUGACUUCUCCUUUCUUCUUGACAUUGUUGAUGAUCUUAACAAUAACCUCUGUAACAGUGUGAAAGGCCCUGGUGGACCAGACGCUCCCACAAAUUUAAUAACAUCAGAGGUGACGGCUCAGUCAUUUCGAGCUUCCUGGACUGCCCCCAGCGGACCUGUGGAGAGGUAUCGAGUGGAGUACAUGACUGUAGCAGGAGACAAACCAAAGGAGCUAUAUGUAGAUGGAUCCACUACAACUGCCGUGCUCUCUGGCUUGGACCCAGAAACCAUGUAUAAGGUUAAUGUGUAUGUUGUGAAUGGAGAUCAAAGCAGCGAGCCUUUGCAAGGCAGAGAAGCCACAUUGUCCCUAUCAUCUGUGAGAAAUCUGAAUAUCUAUGAUAUCGGCACGACUACAAUGCGAGUGAAAUGGGAAGCAGCAAGUGGAGCGACUGGGUAUCUGAUGCUCUAUGAACCAGUUAAUGCUACAGUACCAGCAGUGGAAAAGGAGUUGAGGGUUGGGUCUGAUGUUACAGACAUUCAACUGGAACAGCUGCUCCCCAACACUGAAUACACACUGACCAUCUACGCACUCCACAAUGAGGCAGCAAGUGACCCCCUGACCUCACAGGAAGUGACAUUGCCACUGCCGGCAGCUGGAGAGCUUCAGAUCACAGAAGUGACACACAGUGCGAUGAGACUAACCUGGGAUCCAGCUCCAGGCGAAGUGCGCAAGUACAUCAUCACAUACAAGCCUACUGUUGGAGAGUCCAAGGAGACUGAAGUGGAUGGCAGACAAACAACAACAGUUUUAGAGAAUCUUAUCUCCCAAACUGAAUAUGAUGUUGCAGUUACUCCUGUAUAUGAUGAAGGACCAGCAGCACCAAUGAUGGGACAAGCAACCACCGAUGUUGUUCCAACACCUACAAAUCUGCAGUUCUCUGAAGUGACGCAGACCAGCUUUAGGGCUACAUGGGACCAUGGGGCUCCAGAUGUGGCACUCUACAGGAUUGGCUGGGUGGAAGAGGGAGGCACAGACAUACAAUAUGCAAUCCUCAACAGUGAUGAAAGCAACCAUCUGCUGGAGAAUCUGACUCCAGAUACACUGUAUAAAGUGCAGGUCACUGCUAUCUACCCUGAUGAAUCGGAAAGUGGAGACCUAAUGGGCACUCAGCGCACCUUGUCAGAAUAUAAACCACCAGCACCAGACCCAAUGAGUGCCCCGGUCAACCUCCAGGUGUACAAUGCCACCUCCAGCACCCUGACUGUCAAGUGGGACCCUGCCACCGGCAGAGUACUGAGAUACCGGGUCGCAUAUGCGCCAACAGCAGGAGGUCCUGAGCUCACGACGGAAGUGGGAGGCAAACAAAACAGUGUUGUGCUGCAGAAGCUGACCUCAGACACGCCGUACACCAUCUCUGUAACAUCAAUCUAUGAGGAUGGGGAUGGAGGAAGCAUUACGGGCAGAGGCAAGACCAAGCCACUUGGUGCUCCAAAAAACUUGAGAGUAACAGAUCCAACAGCAAGCACUUUGAAUGUGAGGUGGGACCCUGCUGAGGGCAAGGUUCGCCAGUACAUGGUGCUGUAUGUUCCAUCCACCGGAGGAGCCGAGGACAUGGUACGAGUGACUGGAGGCUCGACCUCCACAGUUCUAAGGAACCUUCAGACUGACACUGGAUACACGAUCACUGUUGUUCCAGUUUAUUCUGAAGGGGAAGGUGGACGACUCUCUGGCACUGGCAAGACAUUGACCCGCGGUUCACCAAGAAACGUCCAAGUUUAUAAUCCAACGGCAAAUAGCCUGAAUGUGCGCUGGGAGCCUGCAAUGGGGCAGGUCCAGCAGUAUCGUGUCAUCUACGCUCCCCUGAGUGGAACAAGACCUCCUGAGUCUGUUCUUGUGCCAGGAAAUACUAACACUGCAUUCCUGGACCGCCUGACCCCAGAAACCCCUUAUUCUGUCAACGUUUUGGCUGUAUAUUCUGAUGGAGAAGGAGCGCAAGUCACAUCUGAUGGAACAACAUUGCCUCGCAGUGGUCCAAGAAACCUUAGAGUGUUUGAUGCAACCACAAACAGCCUGAGUGUAAACUGGGAUCACGCUGAGGGGUUUGUUCACCAGUACAGGAUCAUCUACGCUCCAACUACUGGAGAUCCCAUCGAAGAAUUUACAGUUGUCCCUGGAAGAAGAAACAAUAUAAUCCUUCAGAAUCUUCAGCCUGACACUCCGUACAGGAUUAGUGUAGUGGCCGUGUAUACAGAUGGAGAAGGAGGGCAGAUAACAGGAGAUGGCCGGACAGUUGGCUUGCAGGAGCCCCGCAACCUGCACAUAUCAGAUGAAUGGUACACCCGAUUCCGCGUGCACUGGGACGCUGUUCCAACACCAGUCCUGGGAUACAAGCUUGUCUACCAGCUGACAGUUGCUGAUGAAACCCUGGAAGUGUUUGUUGGUGAUGUAACAUCGUACACACUGCAGAACCUGCUCCCCGGCACCACUUAUGAUCUCAAAGUCUACGCCCAGUAUGAUGGAGGAAUCAGUGGAGCACUGAUAGGACAGGGCACCACGUUGUACUUGAAUGUCACUGACCUGACUACCUACAAGGUUGGCUGGGAUUCCUUCUGCGCCCAGUGGAGCCCUCACAGAUCAGCAACUUCAUACCGAAUUAAAUUAAACCCUGUUGAUGCCUCCAGUAGCGGACAGCAAGAGAUAACAAUCAGUGGUGCAGAGUCAACGUACUGUUUCAACGGCCUCUCUCCAGAUGCUUUGUACAACGCUACAGUAUUUGCCCAGACCCCUAACCUUGAGGGACCAGGAGUCAGUGUGCGUGAAAGGACUUUGGUUAAACCAACAGAGGCUCCAACUGUGCCACCAACACCCCCUCCACCUCCCACUAUACCACCAGCAUGGGAAGUGUGCAAAGGUGCCAAGGCAGACCUUGUAUUCCUAAUUGAUGGCUCAUGGAGUAUUGGGGAUGAUAACUUCAACAAAGUUCUGCAGUUUGUUUUCAACACCAUUGGAGCCUUUGAUGUGAUCAGCCCAGAUGGAAUGCAGGUGUCCCUGGUACAAUACAGCGAUGAUGCAAAGACUGAAUACAAACUGAAUACUUAUAAUGACAAGGGAAUGACUCUCGCUGCCCUUCAGCUUGUUCGUUACAGAGGAGGAAACACCAGAACAGGUGUAGCCUUGAAAUAUAUUGGCGAGAAGGUCUUCACAACAGAGAGUGGCAUGAGGAGAAAUGUACCAAAGGUCCUCGUAGUGGUCACGGAUGGACGAUCCCAAGACGAGGUUAAGAAAUCUGCUGCCUUUUUACAGCACUCUGGUUACAGUGUGUUUGUUAUUGGUGUGGCUGAUGUGGAUUACGCAGAAUUACAGAACAUCGGAAGCAAGCCAAGCGAUCGCCACCUCUUUAUAGUGGAUGAUUUUGAUGCCUUUGAAAAGAUUCAUGAUAACCUUGUUACAUUCCUCUGUGAGACAGCCACUUCCACGUGCCCACUGAUUUACCUGAAUGGGUUUACCUCACCAGGGUUCAGAAUGCUGGAGGCGUUCAACCUGACAGAGAAGAGCUUUGCCUCUGUGCAAGGAGUGUCUAUGGAACCCGGGUCUUUCAACAGUUAUAUCGCCUACAGGCUCCACAAAAACGCUUUCCUCACACAGCCCACCAAGGAUGUUCACCCGGAAGGAUUGCCGGCUUCCUACACAAUCUUGCUGAUGUUUCGCCUCCUUCCGGAUUCACCCAAUGAGGCUUUUGACAUCUGGCAGAUCACUGAUAAGGAUUACAAACCCCAAGUCGGUGUGACAGUUGAUGCUUCCAGCAAAACUAUUACCUUCUAUAACAAGGACACGAGAGGAGAGGUUCAGAAGGUCACAUUUGAUAAUGAUGACGUUAAGAAAGUGUUUCACGGCAGCUUCCACAAGAUUCAUAUUGUAGUGACCCCAAAAGCUGUAAAGAUUAAUGUGGACUGUCAGGAGUUCACAGAGAAGGAGAUUAAAGAAGCCAGCAACAUUACUGUGGACGGCUUUCAAGUGCUUGGCAAAAUGAGGAAGUCAAGAGCUUCAAAAGGGGAAUCAGCAACAUUCCAGCUUCAGAUGUUUGAUAUCGUUUGCAGCACAGGCUGGUCUAGCAGAGAUAGAUGUUGUGACCUCCCUGCUAUGAGAGAUGAGGCAAAGUGCCCGGCCCUUCCACAUGCAUGCACAUGUGCACAGGAUAGUGUGGGUCCACAGGGCCCCCCCGGACCAUCGGGUGGUCCUGGUAGCAAAGGUCCUCGAGGUGAAAGAGGUGAAAGUGGCCCAGCUGGUCCAAUGGGUCCCCGGGGUGAAUCAGGCCCACCAGGACCACAAGGACUUCCAGGCCCACAAGGACCCAAUGGGCUGUCUAUUCCAGGAGAGCCAGGUCGGCAAGGAUUAAAAGGUGAUCCAGGUGACACAGGCUUGCCUGGCCGUACAGGGACUCCAGGGCAGACUGGUCCACGAGGCCCAGUUGGACCAGCAGGUGAACGGGGACCACCAGGAAAGGAAGGACCAUCCGGACCAAGAGGCCCACCAGGCCCAAUGGGUCCACCAGGAGCUCAUGGAAUGCCAGGAUCUACUGGAAAACCAGGAAAGCAAGGAGAUAUGGGACAACUAGGUCCAGUUGGUAUGAAAGGAGAAAAGGGGGAGAGGGGAGACUUUGCAUCCCAAAACAUGAUGAGAUCAAUUGCCAGACAAGUUUGUGAACAACUGAUGAACGGCCAGAUGAACCGGUUUAACACAAUGCUAAACCAAAUUCCCAACGGUUAUUAUUCAAACCGCAACAAUCCUGGUCCCCCUGGCCCCCCUGGUCCCUCAGGCAGCCAGGGGCCCCGAGGAGAGCAGGGCCAAGCUGGCCGUUCCGGCUUCCCAGGGCCCCCUGGAGUACCCGGGCCUCCAGGAGAGAGAGGAAUUCCAGGAGAAAAGGGUGAAAGGGGAAACCCAGGAAUUGGAUCAAAAGGAGAGAGGGGUUUACCCGGACCACCUGGCCAGCGAGGAGAAUCUACAAUUGGCCCUCCAGGUUCUCAGGGCUCCACUGGUCCUCCAGGUCCUUCUGGUCGGCAAGGAAUACCUGGGAUCAGGGGCCCUCCGGGUCCACCUGGAUACUGUGACUCCUCGCAGUGUGUGGGCAUUCCUUACAAUGGAUUCCCAGAAUCUUACCAGCCAGGACCUUACCAACCUGAGCCAGAAACCUACGUAGUACCAAUAACAGAGGAGGAGGAGGAGGAGGAGGAGGAAACAGAAAUACAGUCACCAGGCUAUUCACGAAACCAGCGUGGAAAGAGAUCACUGUCAAGAAAGCAAUCUGCGAAGAAAACGCUGUAGCCAAAGAGGAUGGAUUUUCUUGUUAAACGAUUUGCUAUUUUCACAUAUGAAAAUGUUAUCAAAGUCGCAUACUUCACCACAAGCAAUGUGUUUGGUUUACCUAGCAGUUGACAUUUAUGCAUGUGUGAAUAUAGCAAAUAAUAAUAAUAAUUCAAUUUCUUUGAAAAUGUGUGCUUACUAUCAGCAGUCUGCCCCCUUUAUUUUCUGUGCUUGUAAUAUAACUUCAUUCCGUGGUUAAGUUUGUGCACUCAUCAAAUGUAGCAUUGAAUAACCCCGGUGCAUGAUGGUAACCUACAAUAAAUAGCCUGGGUGCAGCUUUCAUUUUUCACAUGCCCUAGGGCAUCUUUAUUCCACCCCACAUGUCUUCUCGUAAAACCAUUGUUUGUCAUUGUAUUGCCAUUAUAUAUUUUGCCUCUUUAAUUGUCUUUAUAAGGAGGAUAUUUCUUACAAGAUCUUCCUAAAAAAAACACUCACAAAACUCACAAUACAGUAGUUAAACACGGCUUCCAUUUGGUUAUUGUAGACUAAACAUUUAACAGUGUUAUUAUAGUAACUCACAGCCGAUUUUACCAAAUGUGGAAUUGCAUGCUUGUGUUGUAUAUUUACUAUGGGAUUUUUUUUUUUUUAAAUCAGAUUAUAGGUUUUUUUUUUUGUUUAUUUUGUUUUCUAGGUAUUCAAUGCAGUUGGAAUUUGUUUGCAAGACUAUUGAUAUAGAAAUGCGGCUUUCAUGUUUAAACUGCAAAUUGUGAAUUUCACAGCCUUAUUUUCUUAUUUAUUUCUGAAACAAAAGAGGCAUUUUUCAAUAAAACUACUGAAAAUGUACAAUCU